ACACUUCAAAGACUAAGAAGCACGUCGAUCAAUUCGGCGGCUUGGCUGUAUACCAGCACGUUGUACGCUGAGGAAUUUUUUUUGGUCAUCUCCUUCCCGCUCUGGUCCGUGGUUUAUCAAAACCAUUUACUCAGAGAAUAUUCCGAAGCUUCAGGCUUGAUGAAACCAACCACACCUCAAAUCCCUGACUCCACAUUCCUGACUUAAUAUAAUGGCAGCACUUAACCCGGGUGAUGAGCAUGAUCGUUUCGUUGCAUGGGCAUCCGAUCACGGCGUUGAAGUUGAUGGCAUUGCCCCAGCAAAGUUCGUCGGACGAGGUAUGGGUAUCGUGGCUGCCCGAGACAUAAAGGCAGGAGAGCGUAUCAUAUUCGUGGACAAGUCUUCCUUGAUCACCGUAACGGCGCCGACGGUACGAGCCUGCAAGCUGCCGCAGAAUGUCACUGUCCAUGGAAAGCUAGCAGCCUUUCUGGCAAUGCAAUAUCAUAACGCUGAUUCCGAUCACCGCUUAUGGCAAGGCGUUUGGCCAAAGGAAGAAGAGUUUCGCAGCAUCUUGCCCUACUACUGGCCAAAGAGCCUCCAAGAAUACAUACCACACGCUGGAAAAGUUCUUUUGAUAAAACAACAACAAAAGCUGGACAAAGACUGGCAGACCCUACGAGCCCAGCUCCAGCCAUCAGUAGAUCGAGACCUCUUCGCAUACACUUGGCUAAUUGUGAACACUCGUACCUUCUACUGGGAAUACCCAGACUUGCCCAACUCCCACCCUCGAUUACCUAAGAAACGAUUCCAGCUCACCGCAGACGAUUGCUAUGCCAUGUGCCCGUUCAUGGACUACUUCAAUCACUCAGACGUCGGCUGUGACCCACAACACGGCCCUUCGGGCUACUCGGUGAUUGCGGAUCGUGACUACGAGGCUGGCGAGGAGGUCUACUUUUCAUACGGUUCCCACACCAACGACUUUUUGCUGGUCGAAUACGGUUUCACCCUUCCGACCAACAAAUGCGACUCUCUUCCUCUGGAUCAUUUGAUUAUUCCCAAACUAUCUGCGUCGCAAGUGGAAGCGCUGAAGGAGGAUGGAUUCUAUGGAAACUAUACACUGACAAAGGAUGCACCGCACAUAUGCCACCGUGCCCAAGCGGUACUGAGGCUUAUGAAUCUGCCAACGAGGAGGUAUACCAUGUUUGUGUCUGGAAAUGAUGAUGGUGCCGCAGAUCAGCAUGCCAUAGAUUCAGCAUUGGUUGCUCUGUUGACGGAAUUUUCGAGAGAGAUAGUCGAGACGUUGGAAGCCGUGGACAGUGUGGCAGGCGGAGUCGUGGAAGAGCAGCAAAGCCGGACCACACGGAGUUCAAAGCGCAAGUCACAGGUGUCAGAGAAUAUGGCAACCUCAAAUGGCCAAGCUGUAAUGGAACAGAAGGCGACGCUAUUGGAGCGAUGGAAACAAAUCCGGGAGAUUGUGAAUGCUGCGCUACGGUCACUGGACGAAUAGUGAGCAUGAUUUCAUAGCACCGAUAGAAUGGAAGUGACAUCACAUGUCCCGGUCGUAGAUCUGCGAUACUGCUAUAUCCUAACUAUACUAUCAUACAACGAUUAGUACGAUUCGCGUAACGCCUGGCAGUUAUACGAAUAGACGAACGCAUGUCAACCAUCCAGGAAGCAGGCGAAAGAGUGCUCUUGGCGUGGUGCAGUUUGACUGCCU